AUGGCCUACUCUUUGAUCACCUUCGCCCUCGCCUUGUUUGUUUACAGCAUCUCGGACAGCUUCUCCAACCACUACAUGCUAACUUUUGUCCUGCUUAGUGUGUGCCGCUAUCUCCGCCUGAUCGUCAACAUUGUCGCCUUCUCCCAGCUCAGAGGUCACCCUAUCAAGAAGAACCCUACUUUCAACUCGACUGAUGUGUCCGUCGUCGUUCCUACUGUCUUCGCCGACAAGGACGAGGUCAUGGCCUGCCUCAAGCGUAUUCGUGUCUGCAACCCUCUGCAAAUGAUCGUUGUCACUAAGGACGAGCUCGUCCCCCAGGUCUAUGCUGCUUGCGCUGAGAUCACUGCUGCUGUUGAAUCUGACGAUGAAAAGCUCGACAUGGUCCAAGUCAUUGGAGUCGCCAAGCUCAACAAGAGAACUCAAAUGGUUGCAGCUCUUCAACAGGCUGUUACUGGUUCAAUUUUCACUUCCUUCACAAACUUCCUUGGUAUCUGCUACCUUGAACGCCGCAACUUCAACACUGGUGCAACCAACCUCAUUGACGGUGCCGUUUCUACUCUCUCCGGUCGUACCAGCUUCUACCGUGCCACUCUCAUCCAGAACGAGAACUUUUAUUCAUACUUCAUGAAUGCUUUAAACCACGACGACGAUAAGAACCUGACUAGAUGGGUUUACGACCAGGGCCUCCAGAUCACACUUCAAUUUGCUCCCGCCGCUCGUAUCAUGACUACCCUCGAGACCGACUUCACGAUGUUCAUCGGCCAGUGUAUGCGCUGGGCUCGUGGUCACUGGAGAGGCAACUUUCGCGUCAUGGCAACCACAACUUACUGGUACGACACUCACAUCUGGAGUCUCUACGCCAUCUACCUUGGCCAGUUCCAAACUCCUGCCAUCGCCAUUGACGGUUUCCUUUGCUAUUUCCUCUACCACGGCUUGUCUGAAUACGACACCUACACUCGCAUCUUUGCCUUGAUCUCUCUCUGCUGCUGGAUCUUCUUCACCAAGAUUGUCAAGCUCAUUCCUCACUUCUGCGAGUUUCCUCAGGACAUCGUUUACAUUCCCGGCAUGGUCCUUUUCAGCUACGGCCACGGCUUCCUCAACGUCUUUGCCCUCUUCACUAGAGACAACAAGGUCUGGGGCCGUUGA